GCCUAAUUAAAAAGUCCGAAACUUUUCUCGCCAAGUAUCAGCCAGGUUUACAGUAGAGUUGCUUGACAUUUAAACCGCCUACAGCACAUUUAAGUACCUAACCAGAGGUACUCAGGACUUAUUCUUUCAGCUCGUCGGUACUUAUUCGGGACUUCGUUGUGUUUACGUGUGCAUAGAUCUGCAGGCGCCUCUUCAGCAGACAAUUCUGCCAUAUUGGCACCAGAUAAUAUUCUUGGCACAAUCAACUGGAGUCAGCAGUAACAGAGCAUUACUAAGUACAACAACAACAACAACCACCUCAUUGUUGCAGCUGAGAUGAUCCACAGUCUGUUCCUGGUUAAUCACACGGGGGACAUCUUCCUGGAGAAGCACUGGAAGAGUGUCAUCGGCAGGAGUGUGUGUGAUUACUUUUUCGAGGCGAGGGAGAAGGCAGUGGAGCCGGAGAAUGUGCCCCCAGUCCUGCAGACCCCACACCACUAUCUCAUCUCCAUAUACAGGGACAAGCUCUUCUUCCUGUCUGUCAUCCAGACUGAAGUUCCGCCACUGUUUGUCAUUGAGUUCCUGCACAGAGUGGCAGACACCAUUCAGGACUACUUUGGAGAGUGUUCAGAAGGUGUAAUCAAGGACAACGUGGUGACCGUGUACGAGCUGCUGGAGGAGAUGCUGGACAACGGCUUCCCACUCGCGACAGAGUCCAACGUCCUCAAAGAGAUGAUCAGGCCUCCCACCAUCCUGCGAUCGGUUGUCAACACGCUCACAGGAGCUAGUAAUGUCGGAGACACAUUGCCGACAGGUCAAUUGUCCAAUGUCCCGUGGAGGCGGGCGGGUGUCAAAUACACCAACAAUGAGGCCUAUUUUGAUGUGAUCGAGGAAAUUGAUGCCAUUCUUGACAAAUCAGGUACGACAGUAUUCGCAGAGAUCCAGGGUGUAGUUGAAGCCUGUGUGAGGCUCACCGGGAUGCCCGACCUGACUCUCUCCUUCAUGAAUCCUCGUCUCCUCGACGACGUGAGUUUCCACCCGUGCGUGCGGUUCAAGCGCUGGGAGUCGGAGCGCGUCCUCUCUUUCAUCCCGCCUGACGGAAACUUCACACUCAUGAACUAUCAUGUCAGCUCUCAAAAUCUCGUGGCCAUCCCAGUGUAUGUGAAGCAGAGCAUCAGUUUCUUUGAGACGGGACCAUGCGGUCGCCUGGACAUCACGAUCGGGCCCAAGCAGACCAUGGGGAAGACCGUGGAGGCCUUGAUGGUCACUAUCCACAUGCCUAAAGCUGUGCUCAGUGCCAACCUCACAGCCACACAGGGAACAUACACCUACGACCUCGCUACCAAGGUGUUGGUUUGGGACAUUGGGAAACUGAACCCCCAGAAGCUUCCUAAUUUGAAGGGCAGUCUGACGACGCAGGCAGGAACCCCCAAACCUGAAGAUAACCCCUCACUCAAUAUUGACUUGAAGAUACAGCAGCUUGCCAUAUCAGGUCUGAAGGUGAGUCGUCUGGACAUGUACGGAGAGAAGUACAAGCCCUUUAAAGGGGUCAAAUAUUUAACUAAAGCCGGGAAAUUCCAAGUGCGAACCUGAGUGAUGGUGAGCAACAAUCCAGUGUGCCAAAUACGGGGGGGUGUGCAAGGUCACCGCCCCUCUGAGUCAGCUCUCCAAUAAGUCUUAGAUGUCCUCAGUGUAAUAACAGAUGAAUGAUUUUGCAUUCUAACAGGUAUUUAUUAUGUGUUUUGGCAUUACAUGUAUGCGAUUGGAUGGUAUGUUGUGACCUGCAAAGGGAAGCCUUAAUAAUCAAUGUGACCUUGUUGAAGUGCUGUUAGACUGUGCGCACCAUUCCUCUUUCUUUUUGUACUUUAUCCGAAAUAUUUCGAACAUGUGUUUGUUUCUUUACGUCUAACACUUUCUGAGUGUUGCCUAAGGGGAAUAAUUUGGUUUGAAAAGGGACACUCGCAGCUCACCGCCUCGCUCCUCACUACUCCUGCACACCUGUACAAUCCUACUUGCAUGAUGCCUGAGAGUAAGCAGCCAUGCCUUUUGAAAAAAACCUUUUUACAUAGUUUAUGGUAGCAACUUUUGUACUAGAUAUAUAUCUAUAUGUGUAUUUUUUGAAAAAUCUGAUGUCGUAUCUACUUUUUGAGUAGCUGCAGUGUGUCUUAAAGCACAGUAUUUAGUGCACGAAAUGUUUGCACACAUUCACUCUAUAAUGUGGCCUUGUGAAGGUAGUGUAAUGUGCUUUGUAUAGCUCAUUACAGCACAAACUGCAUCUUGAGGAGGCCUUUAAAAUACAUCUAAGGUACACUCUUCAACUAAGGGAGGGUGUACUACUCUCUGCGAGGCCGACAUACAAGCGAUUCAGUGUUGGGAACAGUUGGUUGAAAAGCACUCAGAAAACUACACGAUCCUCACGUAAUCUUGAAUGCGUCGUCUUUAUUCAGCACAGGACUUGCACAAUCAAUCAUCCACGUGGAAUACACAACUUAAAGCUCUCGUAUGAAGUUGGAUCUGCAUUUCAGUGUGUAAGCUUAUAAAAGCUUUAAAAUGA